AUAUGGAGCCUCUGACCACAUUUUCAGAUCAAGCAUAAAUUGCCUUUAAGACACAGUGGAGCUGGCGCGACAUAUGGCUCAGAAAAUGUACCUCAAUCCAGGGAUGAUAAAAGUGUUGUAGUUUUGCACUUACCUUUUUUUCAUAUAGGUACUGUCACUUUAAAUUGCACAGCGAAAUUGGAAAACUGUUACGGAUUGGCACCAUUUUCGGGAUUGACACAGCUUCAUGUUUUCCGGGGCUUUGGAUCUCUGCUAGCUAUCCAAUAAAAUCAUGGCCACUCCUGCUCCAGAAGGCUCCGCGCCUGGCACCCGCCGGCUACAACAGACACAGACCCAAGUGGACGAGGUGGUGGAUAUCAUGCGUGUGAAUGUUGACAAGGUUUUGGAGCGUGACUCGAAGCUGUCGGAGCUGGACGACAGGGCGGACGCGCUGCAGGUCGGAGCCUCCCAGUUUGAGACCAGCGCCGCCAAACUCAAGAGGAAGUUCUGGUGGAAGAACUGCAAGAUGUGGGCCAUCCUGAUAGCUGUCAUACUCAUCAUCCUGGUCAUCAUCAUCAUCUGGAGCCAUCCGUAAAGAAGCAGUUGUUGGAAGAGGAGAGAAGCGAAUGAUGAGGAGGAGUGAGUGAACAGCUGAAAGUCUCAGAAACAAGGUCUCAUGGUUUAGCCUACUGAGUGCCAAAGCCCAUUCUCUACAGCAGUGGUUUUCCCCCUGCUCCUGGAGGGCCUGUCCAGUGAGAUUUAGAAUGAUGCAUUGCAGAUAGCAAUGUACUGUAUAGAACUGAUACCAUUCUGUGUGACAGAAAGUCGUGUUAAUUCUGCACAAUAACUUUUCUAUCUGCAACCCUCUUGAGUGUACCUGCUGAAUAGACCCCUGUUUCAACUACAUAUACAGUUCAAACACACACACUGCAGCCCUCCAGUAUCAGGAGUGAAGCACACUACUCAAAUCUCUCCUCAACAUUUUUACAUUUUCUUUUUUAUGUUUUUAUUAGUAAUAAUAGAUGUGAUUGUGUGAGGCAGAGCGAGGCAAGUGCCUUUGUGAUACACUCGCUGUGCUUUCCUGUCAGUCUCCACUGUAAUAUUGGGAUGUGCUAAGGAGUCAAACCCUUAAACACACACACACCAGUGUGAAGUCCCACACCAGUCAUCGGAUCAGAACACCAAAUGACUGAUAUGGACUGUUGGAUUAUAUUAUUAUAUCCACAGACAGAAACCAACUGGACAUGACUGAGAUUCAGUCUUGACCUUCUUCCCAUCUCUAAAGGGACUGUGUGUGUGACCCCAAUAUGACGUGGGCUUGGGUUCAGAGAAACUCUCAAGAUGCCAAGACAAGCACACAUGGGCCUUGUUUAUUUUCUGUUGGUCUGCUCGACCAACGUGACUGACAAUGACACCUCUCAUGGAAAAGUAGUGCCUUAAGUAGUGAUUCUUGUCAAAGCACCAAACAAUAGAUAUCAGGCAUCACCUUAUAUUCGGGUGUAGGGCACGGCGGCGGUCCUCUGUAGCUCAGCUGGUAGAGCACGGUGCUUGUAACGCCAAGGUAGUGGGUUCGAUCUCCGGGACCACCCAUACACAAAAAAUGGCAUAUUAUAUUAUGACCUUUCUGCUGCUUUGAACAUAGGAACACAGGCAAAAGACAGCCAAGCCAUAUCGAACCAACAUACGGAACCAGCAGUGCCUUCCAAUGGUCUGCGUUUUCAUGCCCACACACACAUACUAUGCUAUGGUCUCUUCAGCCUCCUGCUGUGGGAGAGCUCUACAACCUUUUCAUUAUUUUAUGUCAAUAAAUGUAUUUGUUGUUUAAAUAUCUUUGCUGUGUAGUGUUGGUAAUCUUAAAAUAAACUGUGUAGUUUUUUGUUUUGUUUGUUUGUUUACUUACUGAAAUGCCUUUAGUUGCCAUGGUAACUUUGCUGCUGCAGUGAAGAGCAUCAUGGAUGUUUGAGUUUUGGAAGGAUGACAUGUCAUGCUCCGUGCGUGUCACCCCCUCCAAAGGUGCCAAAACCAAGGGGCUAUUCUCUGGGGUGCAAUGCUACGGAUCCUUCAGAUCGAGGUGUAUUGUGUAGAACCAAUGUUACUGUCUUGUAGAAGAGAGAAUUGUUUGCUCUAUACAUUGAAUAAACUCCAGCUCUGUCAAGAAAGCCUUCGCCAAGUCUACCCCCUCCCUUUGUGAAUAUUAGAAACAAGUGCAAUUCUACAAUGUUGCCUUACAAUGUCGUGUGUCUUGCUUGAAUAAAAACAGAUUUGACUUUUA